CAUAUUUGAACACUUUCAUAUUUGAACAAAAUCCUGCCAUCUACUGGAUGUUAGAGUAAAAGAGAUGUGAACAAAUAUGGCUGCGCCCAUGGAUCAGAAGGAUGAAAAAAAGGUGCGGAUUACACUGGAGAAUAAAAUAAAAAUAAUAAAGGCCAUAGAUGAAGGCUACACAUAUCGUGAAGUUGGUGAACAAUUUGGUAUCAACAGGAGUGCCGUUCAUUACAUAUACAAACAGAAAGAAAAUUUUUUUCAUUGCUGAAUUUUGGAUACAAUCAAAAGAUUAAGAAAUCACCAGCAAAAUUAACCAAAAACUGUGAUGUUCAAAUCAAACAAUUUAUCAAAGAUUCAAAUCUACAUAAUCUACCUGUUAACACAUUUAUGUUAAAAACAGUUGCUAAGGAGAAAUAUCAUGAAAAUGGAUCGACUGAUUUUCUCGCUUCUAAUGGUUAUUUGGAAACACUAAAGAAGAGAUUAUGUAUCAAAAAUAUAAAAUUACAUGGCGAUGCUGCUUCUGUUGAUGAGGUUAAAGUUCACGAAUGGAAAUUAUCAACAUUACCUAUUAUUAAUGAAUACUCACCUGUUGAUAUCUACAAUAUCGAUGAAACUGGUCUAUUCAUUAAAAAAUUACCUGAGCAAACCUUCAUUUUGGAAACAGAUGAUCCGGAAAUUGGUCAACUUCGAGGUGUUAAACAGGAUAAGACCAGAGUUUCAAUAGUAUGUGCUUGUAAUAUGGUCGGAGACAAAGAAAAGUUAACUGUCAUCUACAAAUGUGCAAAACCUCGAGCCUUUCAGAACAUUAAUUUUGAUUAUAGUAAAUUACCAGUUAAUUAUUAUUAUAACUCAACGGCUGAUGAGAAAUUACAACUAAAUAACAGGAAAAUAUUAUUAUUAUUAGAUAACUUUCGUGGUCACUAUAUUUCGUACGAGCCAAAAAAUAUUAGAUUUCUUUUCCUCGAACCAAAUUCAACUUCGAAGACUCAACCUUUAGACGCCGGAAUAAUUAAAUCAUUUAAAGACCACUAUUUAUCUCGUUACUCACAAAUACUAUAUGAAUCUCAUCGAUUGAAACAAAUCGAUGUUACAGAAUUUGUAAAAAAAUUUGAUAUCCUAAAAGUUAUAAAAAUUGUUCAUCUUGCUUGGCAGGAUGUAAAACCUGAAAUAAUAGGUAAUUGUUGGAAACAUGUUGGUCUAAGCAAUUCAAGUUAUAAUUCAAGCAAUUGUCAAUCUCUGGUCGAUCAUAAUUAUUAAACUUCAUUUAUUUCAAA